GGCCAGCUGGCGGCGAGUUCGUCGAACAGUCGGGAGAGACGAGCGUUAGCGCUUGGAUUGGAGUGUCGGAGCAACCAGUCCACAGCACACGAAAAUCACACAUAUGCGCGAGGAAUGUAAUCCGUGCCCGAUGACCCAUCCAUUACCCGUGUACGACGCCCUGCAAUUCAGACUGCCGAAUUUCAUUCCGGGGUGAGUGAGCGAACGAGCGUGGGGGACAGGAAAGAAAGUGUAGCUGCAGGUGAAGAAGUGUCGUAGAAAGCCCGCAGCGGAUGAAACGUCGAUAAUCGAUGGGUUGAGAACGCCCUUUGUCAUCUCUUCUUUUUAUUAUCAAGGUGUGUAGCUUACCUAUGAGCCAUGCUGAAAAUAGUUGGAGCCUCGUGGUUGCAGACUCGCAUUUCCACCUACAUCCUCAUCGCCGUUGGUCUCCUUGGCAUUGGCGCCAUUAUUCUCGGCGAAUAUGGACAUGUUGAGAAAGAUGAGAUAUACUCGGCAACCGUAUCGUGGAACCACAAAGGAGGCUAUCACAUUGACUUUUGGGGUCAAGGUAAUGACCUCAAUGACAUACCAUUGAAUGCUGCCCGUGCCUAUUACAAGAAUAGCAUCCUUGAAUCAGGAUGGUCCAUCAUCGAAAUAGAAACGUCGUCAAAGUAUCCAGACACCGUACAGGCUUACGCGGCCGGCAUGCUAGAGGGUAGUCUGACAUGGCAAAUGAUCCACCAUCAUUGGCAGAAUACCGUCAAUGUUAUCUGCAAAAAACGGCCCGGCAUAUCCCGAAUAUGGAAGCUAUUCCUUCGGACGAAUAGUGACAUCGUUCGCAAAGAGGCCGAGAGCUACGCAGCUACAGAUCCAUUCUGGCACAUGGUACGACUGUUCUAUCUUCAAUUGGACGGUUUGGAAGCCGGUUGGAAAUUCGCAGUUCGUCGCAGCCGGCAAACGGUGGAGAUGAGCCAUGAAGAUUUCUUAUGGCUAGCAAUGGCCACGGACCUACGAAAUUUCGAACAAUUACAUAAUUACGAAUCUCAUCGCGGUUACAUCGAAAGCAUGAUCUCCCUGAAAAAGCUGCCCCGCGAAGGAUUAGAUCCGAUAAUAGUUAUUGGUCAUACCACCGCUGCACCAUACGCUAACAUGCUGAGGCUAUUGAAGAAAUACACCUUUAAUUACCAUGUUCUACCAAUGUCAAAAACUUCCGCGCUGGUGCCGAGUAGAUCUGUCAUAAUGUCAUCUUAUCCUGGUGCUCUAUCAUCUCAGGAUGAAUUUUAUUUGAUCCAAAGAGAGAAUCGCGAGUUAAUCGUCGCUGGAACACAAGCGUUGACAGGCGAUAAUCGAAGCGGGCAUGAAUAUUGGAUUACGAAGUUUAACGUGAUGCCAUCUGCAAAAACGAUGGUAGCAAAUCGACUAGCAACGGAUGGGUAUUCCUGGUUCCGCAUACGUUACGGUCCGUAUUCUAGAAUGCCAACUGAUGUUCAUGUAUCGCGGCAAUGGGUCAUUCUGGAGCCGCACGACGCCGUCGUUUGGCAUGUCGAGCAAACAUCGAAAUUUAUUCGCAUCGCGAACGUCAGCGAGGAAUUUGCUAACACCGGCGUGUUUUGCGUCAUCGCGAAAAAUCACUUUCAUGAGAGCAGUGUGAUAAUUAACGGGAGCAAGAAGGAGAAUGGCGACGAUGUGACGGAGAACAAACUAGUCGCAAGAUUGCAAAGUAACAUCACUACAAUGGAACAUUUUAGGAGGCUGAUGCGAGGAUACAGUCACGAGGAAUCUACCACUAAGAAUGAGAAUCAGAUACAGAGUUUAAUUAACGAAGAAGAUCUGGAGAAAAUUGAAUUGAAACCAUUCGGCAUAAUCGACACGAAGAUCAUAGUGGCUGAUACUAAUGGUGUGGAAAGUUUCGAGGCCAUUUCCGGUCCUAUCACAAUUAAUUCCACGCAAUCCUUCCAGUGGUCGACAACUUACCCCAACGUUUCGCACGUCGGCCAGCCUGAUAUCUUUAAUUUUGACAGUGUUACUCCUUUGUGGGUUUGGCUCUGAGUCGUGAUUCUGAAAACGUAAAAAUGUUAAUAAUGAAUGAGUAAUAAUGAAAAAAUAAUCUUUUAAAUUUUUAAUGACAAAUUGAUUAAUAAAUUGAUCGAUUGAGUAAAUUGCACAAGCAAACCGGGUCGUGAUUAUUAAAUUAUAAAGUUGGUUGAAUUUAAAAAUGUAGUUGAACCAGAAAAAUUAUUUUUAAUUGACAUGAAUUCUUGAACACUGCUUUUUGAUAUUUGAUAGCUUUAAAUGAAUCUGAAUUUAAAUUUUGAACUUGAGGCUGGCUCAUAAGUUAGCGACUUACCAUGUGCAAUUUUUAAAAAAUAAAAUGAAAAAAAUUAAA